AUUGUGGGUGUGUCCUUUCCGUGGUUUUGGAGUGCAAAAAAAAAAAAAUAUUUCUCGAAAAUAUUUUCACACGUGACUUCCUGUGUGCUUUGUCGGUAGAAACGCUGUUAGCUGCUGCUGCCCUCGCACCUGGAGCGCGCUCUGUGUUAGGAGGGUGCGUGCACAUCCUGGGCACGUCCCUGGCCUGUCCCCGCAGUGUCCCUGUCAGGGUUGGCCAUCGAGUCCGGGAUGUGCUCAGAAUUGCCUGGAUUCAUGGGAGCUUCCCACGACUUUAAGUUAAAGGCGGCACAGGCAGGUGUGGGAGGCCCGCGGGGGACCUGUGCUGCCUGAGAGCCGCGCCAGGCCCUGAGUAGAUGCCAGAGACCAUCCCUACUUCAACGUCCCAGGUGUUAGCUAACCAAACAAGCAAACACCAGUGCUGACCUCAGAGAAGGUCCCUCUUCAGCAGCCCCUUCUGGGUGACUCCUAAACAGAACUCUGCUUCGUUUCUUGUUUAGCCUGACCUCCCUCUCCCUCUGUGUUUGCCCCUCAGAAUGCUGGGUUCAAACACCACAGUCCUGCCGCGUGUCCUGUGCGCCAUUUACCUGCCUAGUCGCUUUCAUUUCUCACUGCUAAACACCACUGUUAGCCUUCGUUAUAACUUAAAUCCGUUUUUACCAGGUCAAUUUUGAGAAUCCAUUCAAAUGUUAUUUCAGUGUUUAAAAAACUUUACAUUUUUCUAGAAUGUAUUCUUUCUCUUAGUUUAUUUUAAUUGAAUAAUUCCUGAAUACCACCGGGCCAUGAACAUAGUCAAAUAGAGCCUACCUGUUGAUUCUUUGGUGUCUUUUAUAAGAUUUUCCUCCGGGUUGGGCUUAGGUAAGCAUCUUGCAUGGAUCUUAAAAAGAACUAAGAUCUAGUGUCCUGGGCACUGAGAUUCCAUAGACCUUAAAAAGAGCUAAGCCCUAGUGUCCUGCCCACAGAGGUGCCAGGCUCCUGCCACCUGCCAAUAGCAACGGCAGGUCCCCUUUGUCCCAGGCUCAGUUUUCCAGCUUUCUCUCACAAGCGUCAUCCUGGACCUCUACAGCCACCCUUUCAGCUGGACGUUCAGGUCCUGUGGAGGCCGAGGAAAGCGAGGGUCAGGCAGACUCGGCACCCUGAGCAGGGUCAGGUCAGCUCCUGAGGGGCAGGGCCUGGUGACACCCAGAUGUCCAGCACGGAACUUCAUGGUGUUGCCUGGUGUGUACUCCGGGUUGUUCUGGUUCCGAAUUUCAGCAUGAAUGUGAAGGUGCCUCCCAAGAGCCCCUGGAGAUGGCACCCCUUCGGGGGCGAGGACACGGCCGCCACUGUCCUUGGAAGGCUGCCCGGCCGUGCUCCUGAACGAGGUGCUGGCAAGGCAGUGCCAGGGGCUUCUCUUGGCCUUCCCAGCAGGGCCUCUGCAAUGUCUCCACCUUCUCAGGUCCCUGGAGCCCUCACGUGUCCCCAGGCGGCUGCACCUGGUGGUCAGUGGGCACGGUGGCUCUGCUGCCCUUCCUGGGAUCCGAGGGUUCAUUAGCUCCUGUUUCCCGGGCUCUUGCAGCUGUCCCCUGCAGCCCCCAGCUGCAUCCUGGAAGGUACCUUGAGCCCCCACAGAACCCAGCUCACCCCCGGGGUGAUGCCAGCACUCAGGGAACUCGAGGGCAGUUCUAGUGGCUGACAGCCCUCUUGGUCCUUAGGUAGCAAUUGGGGGUUGGGAGCUCACCCCUGAGAAUUUUCCCUUCCAACCAGGAUGCUCCUGACGGGGUCACAGUGCAGAGGCCCUCAGGAAUUGAUUGUUCGUAGGUGAGGACUGCUUUGUUUUAAAGACCUAAUUUAUUCUAUAGGAAUGUUCUAGAUCCUGUGUGGCCCUAAAGAAACAAUAGAAUUGUGGACACCUUUUUCACAAGUUCACCAGUGGAGCAUUUUCUGAACUUCUCAUUUUGAUGCCACAAAUGAGAAUGCUAAGACAACAGUUAUUUGUUGAACAGCAGGAUAUUCCUAGGUAAACGUUUACAUGCUUGGAAUGUGCUUUGGUAGACGUGGAAAGCAGUGAGAACAGCUGAGACGUGAGCGGUCCGCGUGUGGGCGGGGGUGGGAGGCACAGGAUCUGCACAGGCGGGGAGGCAGUGGGUGCUGCUGGCGACCGUGACCUUGAGAAGGCGCAAGUCACGCUUGCCCUGGGAGAGUUUUACACAUAAAAGUUAAGUUGGUCUGGAUCUGAGGGCUUGAGCAGAAAACUUCCUAUAGGAAUACUCAUCCUAAAGGAGGGAGGAAGUUGGGGAAAGGAGCUCAGCCUGCAGCAGUGGAGGGUGGCCAGCCUGAGAGACUGAGGCUUUCGGCUGCUCAGGUUCUCAGCUGAGAUGUGCCUGUCAUGUGAGGGUGGGGUCCCACAGAAGUCCGAAACACAAACCUCACCGGGGAUGGUGUUGAUGUCACUUAGAAAAAAGGGGUUCCUGUGAACAGCCCUUUGAGCAAGAAGAUUGGUGUCCCAGUGGUAUCCCAGGGGUGCCUGCCACCCCCAGAAUCCAAUGGGAAAUAACGACCAGCAAUUGUAAUAAACCCUUCGUACGUAUUAGUCCAUUUUCACAUGGCUCUAAAAAGCUACCUGAGACCGGGUGAUUUAUGAAGAAAAGAGGUUUCAUUGACCCAUAGUUCUGCAGGCUGUACAGGAAACGUGGCUGGGGAGGCCUCAGGAAACUUCAAAUCAUGGCGGGAGGCAGGAGGGAAGCGAGAACCUUCUUCACAAGGCGGCAGGAGAGCGCGCGGAGGGGAAAGCGCUGCACACUCUCACACAUCCGGAGAGCUCACUCACUGUCCUGAGGUCGGCCGGGGGCGUCCACCCCCAUGAUCCAGCCACCUCCCUCCAGCACGCGGGGAUUAUAGUUUGAGAUGAGAUCUGGGUGAGGACAACGCAAACCACAUCAUGGCAGUUCACCUGGGGCCCCCGCUUCAGGGAACCAAGGAAAUAAGAGGGCUUUCCAGACAUGUGUUUCACAAUAGCUCCACGGUGAACCACGUCCGAAGGAUGUGGACACAGGUCAGUGAGGGGUCAGCACUUCUCGGGGCCCUGACCCGAGAAAUGCCUGAUUCCGGGGCCACAUGGCUGUACUCUGGGUUGAGCUUACAGCUGUGGCCCAUGCGCUCUGCAGGGCAGGCAUCCGGAGGCCUCAUCCCCAUCCCAGCUCUGCCAUGACCUCCAGACCCAAGGAGCCCCAGCAGGAAGCGUAGAGAGGCAGUAUCUCUGCCCACAGCAUGGAGAGGGGAAGGUGCGGAGGCUGUGUGAGUUGGCCGUGGCUGUCACCUCUGGCGCCGUUGGUGACACACGCUGCUUGACAGGGCAUCCUCCAGUUCGUGUCUUACUUCCCUCCAACUUUUUCUGAGUUCUGUGUUGGGGUGGCCAAGGCGGGGCCCGGGGAGGAAGAGGAGAGCUGGGCAGCGUGAGGGCUUUUCCUCCAGGUCCAGCUGAUGUGCCUGUCUGGGUGCAAAGCUGCCCUCACCAUUUGGCCUGCAGCGUUGGCUUCCAGUGACAGCACAGCAGCUUCUCGCCCUCCAGCACCGUGCUGGCCACACGCGCUCAUAGGCUGCUGCCCAGCCACAACUGUUCCUAGAGCCAGGAAGUCUUCUGCCCCAGAAGCAAAGCCAAGAAGAGAGAGUACUUUUUGGUGAGAGCACAGCAGGCCUCCCACCCUGGCUCUGCUGACAUUGGGGCCGGGUGUUCCUCACAGGCCACUGUCCUGUGACUCGGCAGCUCCUCACCCCCACCCAAAGCUAGCAGACCCCACACCCUAGAAAUGUCUCUGCCACGGCCAGGCGUCUCCCUGGGUACAAGGCUGCCCUGGCCAAGAACCACAGCAUGUGUAGAGCUAAGUGACACUGGGCCUGUGCUUCCAGCCCAAAGGAAGAGGCCCAAUUCCAACCAAGGAUGUGUGGAUCGGGCCCUAGGAAGCAGAUUUAAUCUGCGAGUAAAAUGUUACCCCACUGGCCGUGUUGGAGGACUCAGCCCACACCCUCACCGCAGCUGAGUUGGGGCUGUGAUGAUAGGUAGACUGUUUUGGUCACAAGUGAGUUUUGAAGAAAAGAUGUUUGUAUUACAGCUUUUUAAUUCUUUUGAAAAUAAAAUUCCCUGAGAGGCACAGUUCACAGAAUCCCACAAACUAGAAAUGGGCCACAGUGAAGGAAAGCAGUUUUCGUGGCAUAAAGUUUCCAGUCAGGGGUUUCCCCAAGCCAGGGGGCCUGGGGAGCAGACCCUUUUUGUGGCUUGUGCCUCAUGUGCAGUGGAGACGCAUGUGGUCCUCGGGUCCACUGUGCCAUCUUCACAGGCAGGCGUGUGGUUCUCAGGGGUCCACUGUGCCAUCCUUACGGGCAAGGUAUGUGGUCCUCAGGGAUCCACUGUGCCGUCUUCACAGGCAGGCGUGUGGUCCUCAGGUAUCCGCUGUGCCAUCUUCACAGGCGGGUGUGUGGUCCUCAGGGGUCCGCUGUGCCAUCUUCACAGGCGGGGUGUGGUCCUCAGGGGUCCACUGUGCCAUCCUCACGGGCUGGGCGUGUGGUCCUCAGCAUCCACUGUGCCGUCCUCACGGGCUGGGCGUGUGGUCCUCAGGAGUCCACUGUGCCAUCCACAUGGGCCAGGCGUGUGGUCCUUAGAGUCCACUGUGCCAUCCUCACAGGCUGGGCGUGUGGUCCUCAGAGGUCCACUGUGCCAUCCUCACGGGCUGGGCGUGUGGUCCUCAGCAUCCACUGUGCCGUCCUCAUGGGCUGGGUGUGUGGUCCUCAGGAGUCCAUUGUGCCAUCCUCACGGGCUGGGCGUGUGGUCCUCAAAGUUCCACUGUGCUAUCCUCACGGGCUGGGUGUGUGGUCCUCAGGGGUCCACUGUGCUGUCCUCACGGGCUGGGUGUGUGGUCCUCAGGGGUCCACUGUGCCAUCCACAUGGGCUGGGUGUGUGGUCCUCAGGGGUCCACUGUGCCAUCCUCACGGGCUGGGCAUGUGGUCCUCAGCGUCUACUGUGCCGUCCUCACGGGCUGGGCGUGUGGUCCUCAGAGGUCCACUGUGCCAUCCUUCAGGGUCUGUCUGUGUCUGUGCUUCCCUAAACCUCGGUGCCCUCUGCAUCCUGCUGUGUUGCCAGCUAGUGUGUCCUGCUGGCCUUCCCUCCUCCAUGGCCUCCUGGGUGUGCUGCUGGUGGAUCUGUGGUUCUGGCCACACGCAGGGCAGCCUCUGUCCAGCUCCAUCCUGCCUGCCUACUUGUCUUCCCUUCCUGAUGGAGAUUCUCCCGUGAGAAGCCCCCGUGCUUCCACCUCUGCAUGGGUGCCUGGCUGUUUUCCCUGAUCAUUCACUCACAGAACAUUCCAGCCGCUGUUCUUCCACAGGAGGCAGGAGUCUGAGCUGAGUUCAGAAGGGAACAGACACAAAUGUACAAGACUAUUCCUGAAACCUGUGC